AUGAGCUCUGAUGCUGAGAUGGCUGUUUUUGGGGAGGCUGCUCCUUACCUCCGAAAAUCUGAAAAGGAGCGUAUUGAGGCCCAGAACAAGCCCUUUGAUGCCAAGUCAUCAGUUUUUGUGGUGGAUGCUAAAGAGUCUUUUGUGAAAGCUACAGUGCAAAGCAGAGAAUCAGGGAAGGUGACAGUCAAGACUGAAGGUGGAACUACUGUAACAGUAAAAGAUGACCAAGUCUACCCUAUGAACCCUCCCAAAUAUGACAAGAUUGAAGAUAUGGCCAUGAUGACUCACUUACAUGAACCUGCUGUUCUAUAUAACCUCAAAGAGCGUUAUGCAGCCUGGAUGAUCUAUACAUACUCAGGCUUGUUCUGUGUCACAGUUAACCCCUAUAAGUGGUUGCCUGUGUAUAAUGCAGAGGUGGUGGCUGCCUACAGAGGCAAAAAGCGACAGGAGGCCCCACCCCACAUCUUCUCCAUCUCUGACAAUGCCUAUCAGUUCAUGCUGACUGAUCGAGAGAACCAGUCUAUCUUGAUCACUGGAGAAUCUGGUGCAGGGAAGACUGUGAACACCAAGCGUGUCAUCCAGUACUUUGCAACAAUUGCAGUUACUGGGGAUAAGAAGAAGGAGGAGGCUCCCUCUGGCAAAAUGCAGGGGACUCUGGAAGAUCAAAUCAUCAGUGCCAAUCCUCUUCUGGAGGCCUUUGGCAAUGCCAAGACUGUGAGGAAUGACAACUCUUCUCGAUUUGGUAAAUUCAUCAGAAUCCACUUUGGUACCACAGGAAAAUUAGCAUCUGCUGAUAUUGAAACAUAUCUUCUGGAGAAGUCUAGAGUUACUUUCCAGUUGAAGGCAGAAAGAAGCUACCAUAUUUUUUAUCAAAUUAUGUCCAACAAGAAGCCUGAUCUAAUUGAGAUGCUCCUGAUCACCACUAACCCUUACGAUUAUGCCUUUGUCAGUCAAGGAGAGAUUACAGUCCCCAGCAUUGAUGACCAAGAAGAGCUAAUGGCCACAGAUAGUGCCAUUGACAUUCUUGGAUUUACAUCUGAUGAAAGAGUAUCCAUCUAUAAGCUCACAGGGGCUGUGAUGCACUAUGGAAACAUGAAAUUUAAGCAGAAGCAGCGAGAGGAGCAAGCUGAGCCAGAUGGCACCGAAGUUGCUGAUAAAGCAGCCUAUCUCCAGAGCCUGAACUCUGCUGAUCUUCUCAAAGCUCUAUGCUACCCCAGAGUCAAGGUUGGCAAUGAAUAUGUCACCAAAGGCCAGACUGUGCAGCAGGUAUACAACUCAGUGGGUGCUCUGGCCAAAGCCAUGUAUGAGAAGAUGUUCCUGUGGAUGGUCACCCGCAUCAAUCAGCAACUGGACACCAAGCAACCCAGACAGUACUUCAUUGGGGUCUUGGACAUCGCAGGCUUUGAGAUCUUUGAUUUCAACAGCCUGGAGCAGCUGUGUAUCAACUUCACCAAUGAGAAACUGCAACAGUUUUUCAACCACCACAUGUUCGUGCUGGAGCAGGAGGAAUACAAGAAGGAAGGCAUUGAAUGGGAGUUCAUUGACUUUGGGAUGGACCUGGCUGCCUGCAUUGAGCUCAUUGAAAAGCCUAUGGGCAUCUUCUCCAUCCUGGAAGAGGAGUGCAUGUUCCCCAAGGCCACUGACACCUCCUUCAAGAACAAGCUGUAUGAGCAGCAUCUUGGAAAGUCCAACAAUUUCCAGAAGCCCAAACCUGCCAAAGGCAAGGCUGAGGCCCACUUCUCGCUGGUCCAUUAUGCUGGCACUGUGGACUACAACAUUGCUGGUUGGUUGGACAAGAACAAGGACCCCCUGAAUGAGACUGUUCUUGGGCUGUACCAGAAGUCACCAAUGAAAACUUUGGCAUACCUCUUCUCUGGGGCAGCAGCAGCUGCUGAAGCAGAGUCUGGUGGUGGUGGAAAAAAAGGAGCUAAGAAGAAGGGUUCCUCUUUCCAGACUGUGUCUGCUCUCUUCAGGGAGAAUUUGAACAAACUGAUGACAAAUCUAAGAAGCACUCAUCCCCACUUUGUACGCUGCCUUAUCCCCAAUGAAACCAAGACUCCUGGGGCCAUGGAACAUGAACUUGUCCUUCACCAGCUGAGGUGUAAUGGUGUGCUAGAAGGUAUUCGUAUUUGCAGAAAGGGAUUCCCAAGCAGAAUUCUUUAUGCAGACUUUAAGCAGAGAUACAAGGUAUUAAAUGCAAGUGCAAUACCUGAAGGACAAUUCAUUGAUAGCAAGAAGGCUUCUGAAAAGCUCCUUGGCUCCAUUGACAUCGAUCACACACAGUACAAAUUUGGUCACACAAAGGUCUUUUUCAAAGCUGGUCUUCUGGGACUCCUAGAGGAGAUGAGAGAUGAAAAGUUAGCCCAACUUAUUACACGAACCCAAGCCAUGUGCAGAGGGUAUUUGGCAAGAGUGGAAUACCAAAAGAUGGUGGAGAGAAGAGAGUCCAUUUUCUGCAUCCAGUACAAUGUUCGUGCCUUCAUGAAUGUAAAGCACUGGCCCUGGAUGAAAUUAUACUUCAAAAUCAAGCCCCUUCUUAAGAGUGCAGAGACAGAGAAGGAGAUGGCCAACAUGAAGGAAGAAUUUGAAAAAGCCAAAGAAAAUCUUGCAAAAGCUGAGGCCAAAAGAAAAGAGCUAGAAGAAAAAAUGGUAGCUCUGAUGCAAGAGAAAAACGACUUGCAACUCCAAGUGCAAUCUGAAGCUGAUUCCUUGGCUGAUGCAGAGGAAAGAUGUGAUCAACUGAUCAAGACCAAAAUCCAGCUAGAGGCCAAAAUCAAAGAGGUGACAGAGAGAGCUGAGGAUGAAGAAGAGAUUAAUGCUGAGUUGACUGCAAAGAAAAGGAAACUGGAAGAUGAGUGUUCAGAACUGAAGAAAGAUAUAGAUGAUCUUGAACUUACACUGGCCAAAGUGGAAAAGGAGAAACAUGCCACAGAAAAUAAGGUAAAAAACCUCACAGAAGAGAUGGCAGGUCUGGAUGAAACCAUUGCAAAGUUGACAAAAGAGAAGAAGGCCCUCCAAGAAGCUCACCAGCAGACCCUAGAUGACCUGCAAGCAGAAGAGGACAAAGUCAACACUCUGACAAAAGCCAAAAUCAAGCUUGAGCAGCAAGUUGAUGAUCUUGAAGGAUCAUUGGAACAAGAAAAGAAAAUUCGAAUGGAUCUUGAAAGAGCAAAGAGGAAAUUAGAAGGUGACCUAAAAUUGGCCCAAGAAUCCACAAUGGAUGUAGAGAACGACAAACAGCAGCUUGAUGAAAAGCUUAAAAAAAAAGAGUUUGAAAUGAGCAAUUUGCAAAGCAAGAUUGAAGAUGAGCAGGCUCUUGGCAUGCAGCUGCAGAAGAAGAUCAAGGAGUUACAGGCCCGCAUUGAGGAGUUGGAGGAGGAAAUCGAGGCAGAGAGGGCUUCCAGGGCUAAAGCCGAGAAGCAGCGCUCCGACCUCUCACGGGAACUGGAGGAGAUCAGUGAGCGACUGGAAGAGGCUGGAGGGGCAACUUCAGCCCAGAUUGAGAUGAACAAGAAGCGGGAAGCUGAGUUCCAGAAAAUGCGCAGAGACCUGGAGGAAGCCACCCUGCAACAUGAGGCCACUGCAGCCACCUUGAGAAAGAAGCAUGCGGACAGUGUGGCUGAGCUUGGGGAGCAGAUAGACAACCUGCAGAGGGUCAAACAGAAACUGGAGAAGGAGAAGAGUGAGAUGAAGAUGGAGAUUGAUGACCUUGCUAGUAACAUGGAUACCGUCUCCAAAGCUAAGGGAAACCUUGAAAAGAUGUGCCGUACCCUAGAAGACCAAGUGAGUGAACUUAAGACGAAGGAAGAAGAGCAACAGCGAUUGAUCAAUGACCUGACUGCUCAGAGAGGACGCCUACAGACAGAGUCAGGUGAAUAUUCACGCCAGCUUGAUGAAAAGGAUUCAUUAGUUUCUCAGCUCUCAAGGGGCAAACAAGCAUUUACACAACAAAUAGAGGAACUGAAAAGGCAGCUUGAAGAGGAGAUUAAGGCCAAAAGUGCCCUGGCCCAUGCACUGCAGUCCUCUCGUCAUGACUGUGACUUGCUACGUGAACAGUAUGAGGAGGAACAAGAAGCCAAGGCUGAACUACAGAGGGCAAUGUCCAAGGCCAAUAGUGAGGUUGCCCAGUGGAGGACCAAGUAUGAGACAGAUGCCAUUCAGCGCACAGAGGAGCUGGAGGAGGCCAAGAAGAAGUUGGCUCAGCGUCUACAAGAUGCUGAGGAACACGUAGAAGCUGUGAACGCCAAAUGUGCUUCAUUGGAAAAGACCAAGCAACGGCUCCAGAAUGAAGUGGAGGACCUUAUGAUUGAUGUAGAAAGAACAAACGCAGCUUGUGCAGCCCUCGACAAAAAACAAAGGAACUUUGAUAAGGUCCUGGCAGAAUGGAAACAGAAAUAUGAAGAGACUCAUGCUGAACUUGAAGCUUCCCAAAAGGAGUCACGGUCCCUCAGCACAGAGCUAUUCAAGAUUAAAAAUGCAUAUGAGGAAUCCUUAGACCAUCUUGAAACCUUAAAGAGAGAAAAUAAGAACUUGCAACAGGAGAUAUCUGACCUCACAGAACAGAUUGCAGAAGGAGGGAAACGUAUCCACGAGCUAGAAAAAAUUAAGAAGCAAAUUGAGCAAGAAAAGUCUGAACUCCAGUCUGCUUUAGAGGAAGCAGAGGCCUCUCUUGAACAUGAAGAGGGAAAGAUUCUGCGCAUCCAGCUGGAGUUGAACCAAGUCAAGUCAGAAAUUGAUCGGAAAAUCGCUGAGAAGGAUGAAGAAAUUGAUCAGCUAAAGAGAAACCACAUUAGAGUGGUGGAGUCUAUGCAGAGCACACUGGAUGCUGAGAUCAGGAGCAGGAAUGAUGCCAUCAGGAUUAAGAAGAAGAUGGAGGGAGACCUCAAUGAAAUGGAAAUUCAGUUGAAUCACUCUAACCGCAUGGCUGCAGAGGCCCUAAGGAACUACAGGAAUACCCAAGGCAUCCUCAAGGACACACAGAUCCACCUGGAUGAUGCUCUCCGGGGCCAGGAGGACCUAAAGGAACAAUUGGCCAUGGUAGAGCGUAGAGCUAACCUGCUUCAGGCUGAAAUUGAGGAGCUGCGGGCCACCUUGGAACAAACGGAGAGGAGCAGGAAAAUUGCAGAACAAGAACUCUUGGAUGCCAGUGAACGUGUCCAGCUCUUGCACACGCAGAACACCAGUCUGAUCAAUACCAAAAAGAAGCUGGAGACAGACAUUUCCCAAAUCCAGGGAGAGAUGGAGGACAUUGUCCAAGAAGCCCGCAAUGCAGAGGAGAAAGCCAAGAAGGCCAUCACUGACGCUGCCAUGAUGGCGGAGGAGCUGAAGAAGGAACAGGACACCAGUGCCCACCUUGAGAGGAUGAAGAAGAACCUGGAGCAGACAGUGAAGGACCUACAGCACCGACUGGAUGAGGCUGAGCAGCUGGCCCUGAAGGGUGGCAAGAAGCAGAUCCAGAAAUUGGAGGCCAGAGUACGUGAACUUGAAGCGGAAGUUGAAAAUGAACAGAAGCGUAACGUUGAAACUGUCAAGGGUCUGCGCAAACAUGAGAGAAGAGUAAAGGAACUCACUUACCAAACAGAGGAAGACCGCAAGAAUGUACUCAGACUCCAGGAUCUUGUGGAUAAACUGCAAGCAAAGGUGAAAGCUUACAAGAGACAAGCUGAAGAAGCGGAGGAACAAUCCAAUGUCAAUCUUGCAAAGUUCCGCAAGAUCCAGCAUGAACUGGAGGAGGCUGAGGAAAGAGCUGACAUUGCUGAGUCCCAGGUCAACAAAUUACGUGUGAAGAGCCGGGAAGUUCACACAAAAAUUAUAAGUGAAGAGUAA